AUGGGGACUGGUUAUAGACAGUUGUUACAGAGAGCAGCGAUAGCCUAUCAAAACAGCCAUUUGUUCGUGGCUGUGGUACAUUGUAUUAGGGAACACACAGGGACAGGGUGUUGUUAUAGAAGUGGGCUGUUCUAUAACCUUUCUCUCUUUGAGGACAGAGAGAGAGAGAGGGGGGGGGGGGGGGGGGGGGGGGGGUGAGAGGGUUGGAGGUCAUCGAUAAAUGAUUCUCUGGCCAAACCACUGAGGCGUUUUCCUGUUUUACUGAGAGGAAGACCAUAGAUGUGCUGCUGUCUACACACCUACCUGUCUACACACCUGCCUGUCUACACACCUGCCUACCUGUCUACACACCUACCUGUCUACACACCUACCUGUCUACACACCUACCUGUCUACACACCUACCUGUCUACACACCUACCUGUCUACACAACCUACCCUGUCUACACACCUGCCUGUCUACACACCUACCUGUCUACACACCUGCCUGUCUACACACCUACCUGUCUACACACCUGCCUUGUCUACACACCUACCUUGUCUACACACCUCCCUGUCUAACACACCUCCCUGGUCUACACAACCUACCUGGUCUACACACCUACUGUCUACACACUGUCUACACACCUGCCUGUCUACACACCUGCCUGUCUACACACCUACCUGUCUACACACCUACCUGUCUACACACCUACCUGUCUACACACCUACCUGUCUACACACCUACCUGUCUACACACCUACCUGUCUACACACCUACCUGUCUACACACCUACCUACCUGUCUACACACCUGCCUGCCUACACACCUGCCUGUCUACACACCUACCUGUCUACACACCUACCUGUCUACACACCUACCUGUCUACACACCUAUCUACCUGUCUACACACCUACCUGUCUACACACCUCCUGUCUACACACCUACUGUCUACACACCUACCUGUCUACACACCUGCCUACCUGUCUACACACCUGCCUACCUGUCUACACACCUGCCUGUCUACACACCUGCCUACCUGUCUACACACCUGCCUGUCUACACACCUACCUGUCUACACACCUGCCUGUCUACACACCUACCUGUCUACACACCUGCCUGUCUACACACCUACCUGUCUACACACCUACCUGUCUACACACCUACCUACCUGUCUACACACCUGCCUGUCUACACACCUGCCUGUCUACACACCUGCCUGUCUACACACCUACCUGUCUACACACCUGCCUGUCUACACACCUACCUACCUGUCUACACACCUACCUGUCUACACACCUACCUACCUGUCUACACACCUGCCUGUCUACACACCUACCUGUCUACACACCUACCUGUCUACACACCUGCCUGUCUACACACCUACCUGUCUACACACCUGCCUACCUGUCUACACACCUGCCUGUCUACACACCUGCCUGUCUACACACCUGCCUGUCUACACAGCUGCCUACCUGUCUACACACCUGCCUGUCUACACACCUGCCUGUCUACACACCUACCUGUCUACACACCUACCUGUCUACACACCUGCCUACCUGUCUACACACCUACCUGUCUACACACCUGCCUGUCUACACACCUACCUGUCUACACACCUACCUGUCUACACACCUACCUGUCUACACACCUACCUGUCUACACACCUGCCUGUCUACACACCUGCCUGUCUACACACCUACCUACCUGUCUACACACCUGCCUGCCUGUCUACACACCUGCCUGUCUACACACCUACCUGUCUACACACCUGCCUGUCUACACACCUGCCUGUCUACACACCACCUGUCUACACACCUCCUGUCUACACACCUACCUGUCUACACACCUACCUGUCUACACACCUACCGUCUACACACCUCCAGUCUACACACCUCCUGUCUACACACCUACCUGUCUACACACUACCUGUCUACACACCUACCUGUCUACACACCUGCCUGUCUACACACCUACCUGUCUACACACCUGCCUGCCUGUCUACACACCUGCCUGUCUACACACCUGCCUGUCUACACACCUACCUACCUGUCUACACACCUACCUGUCUACACACCUGCCUGUCUACACACCUACCUGUCUACACACCUACCUGUCUACACACACCUGUCUACACACUGCCUCGUCUACACACCUUACCUGUCUACACACCUGCCUGUCUACACACCUGCCUGUCUACACACCUGCCUGUCUACACACCUACCUGUCUACACACCUGCCUAGCUGUCUACACACCUACCUGUCUACACACCUACCUGUCUACACACCUACCUGUCUACACACCUGCCUGUCUACACACCUGCCUGUCUACACACCUGACCUGUCUACACACCUACCUGUCUACACACCUGCCUGUCUACACACCUGCUGUCUACACACCUAACCUGUCUACACACCUGCCUGUCUACACACCUACCUGUCUACACACCUGCCUGUCUACACACCUACCUGUCUACACACCUGCCUGUCUACACACCUGCCUGUCUACACACCUACCUGUCUACACACCUACCUGUCUACACACCUGCCUGUCUACACACCUGCCUGUCUACACACCUGCCUAGCUGUCUACACACCUGCCCUGUCUACCACACCUACCUGUCUACACACCUGCCUGUCUACACACCUACCUGUCUACACACCUGCCUACCUGUCUACACACCUACCUGUCUACACACCUGCCUGUCUACACACCUGCCUGUCUACACACCUACCUGUCUACACACCUACCUGUCUACCCACCUACCUACCUGUCUACACACCUACCUACCUGUCUACACACCUGCCUGUCUACACACCUGCCUAGCUGUCUACACACCUGCCUGUCUACACACCUACCUGUCUACACACCUACCUGUCUACACACCUGCCUGUCUACACACCUGCCUACCUGUCUACACACCUGCCUGUCUACACACCUGCCUACCUGUCUACACACCUACCUGUCUACACACCUGCCUGUCUACACACCUGCCUACCUGUCUACACACCUACCUGUCUACACACCUACCUGUCUACACACCUACCUGUCUACACACCUACCUGUCUACACACCUGCCUGUCUACACACCUGCCUGUCUACACACCUACCUGUCUACACACCUGCCUGUCUACACACCUGCCUGUCUACACACCUGCCUGUCUACACACCUGCCUACCUGUCUACACACCUACCUGUCUACACACCUGCCUGUCUACACACCUACCUGUCUACACACCUGCCUGUCUACACACCUACCUGUCUACACACCUGCCUACCUGUCUACACACCUGCCUGUCUACACACCUACCUGUCUACACACCUGCCUGUCUACACACCUACCUGUCUACACACCUGCCUACCUGUCUACACACCUACCUGUCUACACACCUACCUGUCUACACACCUACCUGUCUACACACCUGCCUGUCUACACACCUACCUGUCUACACACCUACCUGUCUACACACCUGCCUGUCUACACACCUACCUACCUGUCUACACACCUGCCUACCUGUCUACACACCUACCUGUCCACACACCUGCCUGUCUACACACCUACCUGUCUACACACCUGCCUGUCUACACACCUACCUGUCUACACCUACCUGUCUACACACCUACCUGUCUACACACCUACCUGUCUACACACCUGCCUGUCUACACACCUACCUACCUGUCUACACACCUACUUGUCUACACACCUGCCUGUCUACACACCUACCUACCUGUCUACACACCUGCCUACCUGUCUACACACCUACCUGUCCACACACCUGCCUACCUGUCUACACACCUACCUGUCUACACACCUGCCUGUCUACACACCUGCCUACCUGUCUACACACCUACCUGUCUACACACCUGCCUACCUGUCUACACACCUACCUGUCUACACACCUGCCUGUCUACACACCUGCCUACCUGUCUACACACCUACCUGUCCACACACCUGCCUACCUGUCUACACACCUGUCUACCUGUCUACACACCUGCCUGUCUACACACCUGCCUACCUGUCUACACACCUGUCUACCUGUCUACACACCUACCUGUCCACACACCUGCCUACCUGUCUACACACCUGUCUACCUGUCUACACACCUACCUGUCCACACACCUGCCUACCUGUCUACACACCUACCUGUCCACACACCUGCCUACCUGUCUACACACCUGCCUACCUGUCUACACACCUACCUGUCUACACACCUGCCUACCUGUCUACACACCUGCCUGCCUGUCUACACACCUGCCUGUCUACACACCUGCCUACCUGUCUACACACCUACCUAUCUACACACCUGCCUGUCUACACACCUGCCUGCCUGUCUACACACCUGCCUGUCUACACACCUGCCUGUCUGCACACCUGCCUGCCUGUCUACACACCUGCCUGUCUACACACCUGCCUGUCUACACACCUGCCUAUCUACACACCUGCCUGUCUACACACCUGCCUGCCUGUCUACACACCUGCCUGUCUACACACCUGCCUGUCUACACACCUGCCUGUCUACACACCUGCCUGUCUACACACCUGCCUGUCUAACACACCUGCCUGUCUACACACCUACCUGGUCACACACCUGCCUGUCUACACACCUGCCUGCCUGUCUACACACCUGCCUGCCUGUCUACCACCUGCCUGUCUACACACCUGCCUGUCUACACACCUGCCUGUCUACACACCUACCUGUCUACACACCUGCCUGUCUACACACCUGCCUGCCUGUCUACACACCUGCCUGUCUACACCCUGCCUGUCUACACACCUGCCUGUCUACACACCUGCCUGUCUACACACCUACCUGUCUACACACCUGCCUGUCUACACACCUACCUACCUGUCUACACACCUGCCUGUCUACACACCUACCUGUCUACACACCUGCCUACCUGUCUACACACCUGCCUACCUGUCUACACACCUACCUGUCUACACACCUACCUGUCUACACACCUGCCUGUCUACACACCUACCUGUCUACACACCUACCUGUCUACACACCUGCCUGUCUACACACCUGCCUGUCUACACACCUGCCUGUCUACACACCUACCUGUCUACACACCUACCUGUCUACACACCUGCCUGUCUACACACCUACCUCCUGUCUACACACCUACCUGUCUACACACCUACCUACCUGUCUACACACCUGCCUGCCUACACACCUGCCUGUCUACACACCUGCCUACCUGUCUACACACCUGCCUACCUGUCUACACACCUACCUGUCUACACACCUGCCUACCUGUCUACACACCUACCUGUCUACACACCUGCCUGUCUACACACCUGCCUACCUGUCUACACACCUACCUGUCCACACACCUGCCUACCUGUCUACACACCUGUCUACCUGUCUACACACCUGCCUGUCUACACACCUGCCUACCUGUCUACACACCUGUCUACCUGUCUACACACCUACCUGUCCACACACCUGCCUACCUGUCUACACACCUGUCUACCUGUCUACACACCUACCUGUCCACACACCUGCCUACCUGUCUACACACCUACCUGUCCACACACCUGCCUACCUGUCUACACACCUGUCUACCUGUCUACACACCUACCUGUCCACACACCUGCCUACCUGUCUACACACCUGUCUACCUGUCCUACACACCUACCUGUCCACACACCUGCCUACCUGUCUACACACCUACCUGUCUACACACCUGCCUACCUGUCUACACACCUACCUGUCUACACACCUGCCUACCUGUCUACACACCUGCCUGCCUGUCUACACACCUGCCUGUCUACACACCUGCCUGUCUACACACCUGCCUGUCUACACACCUGCCUGUCUACACACCUACCUGUCUACACACCUGCCUGUCUACACACCUGCCUGCCUGUCUACACACCUGCCUGUCUACACACCUGCCUGUCUACACACCUGCCUGUCUACACACCUGCCUGUCUACACACCUACCUGUCUACACACCUGCCUGUCUACACACCUACCUACCUGUCUACACACCUGCCUGUCUACACACCUACCUGUCUACACACCUGCCUACCUGUCUACACACCUGCCUACCUGUCUACACACCUACCUGUCUACACACCUACCUGUCUACACACCUACCUGUCUACACACCUACCUGUCUACACACCUACCUGUCUACACACCUACCUGUCUACACACCUACCUGUCUACACACCUGCCUGUCUACACCUACCUGCCUGUCUACACACCUACCUGUCUACACACCUGCCUGUCUACACACCUACCUGUCUACACACCUGCCUGUCUACACACCUACCUACCUGUCUACACACCUGCCUGUCUACACACCUACCUGUCUACACACCUACCUGUCUACACACCUGCCUGUCUACACACCUACCUGUCUACACACCUGUCUACCUGUCUACACACCUGUCUACCUGUCUACACACCUGCCUGUCUACACACCUGCCUACCUGUCUACACACCUACCUGUCUACACACCUACCUGUCUACACACCUGCCUGUCUACCCACCUACCUACCUGUCUACACACCUGCCUACCUGUCUACACACCUGUCUACCUGUCUACCCACCUACCUACCUGUCUACACACCUGCCUGUCUACACACCUGUCUAGCUGUCUACUAGGGCUGUGUGGUAUACCGUAUUUUACAAUAUACCGGUAUUGAUGCACGAACCGGUUUGGGUUUUUACUUUACAUUCUAUAACGGUAUUUGAAUGUUUGGUUUAUUAAAUGUGAUACGCCGUGUGUAACGUCCAUUUUUAUAGUUAACUUCGCCACUUGAGUCAUCUUUCUCCAUGCCGCUUUCCACACAGAUCUAGCCCCGCCCCCUGUCACUCAAGGAGCAUGGCAACCACAGCUUUCUGCAGCGAUACGCCAUCCCAUCUGGUUUGGGCUUAGUGGGACUAUCAUUAGUUUUUCAACAGGACAAUGACCCAACACACCUACAGGCUGUGUAAGGGAUAUUUUACCAAGAAGGAGAGUGAUGGAGUGCUGCAUCAGAUGACCUGGCCUCCAAUAUCCCCAGAUCUCAACCAAAUUGAGAUGGUUUGGGAUGAGUCGGACUGCUGAGUGAAGGAAAAGCAGCCAACAAGUGCUCAGCAUAUGUGGGAACUCUUUCAAGACUGUUGGAAAGCAUUCCAGGUGAAGCUGGUUGAGAGAAUGCCAAGAGUGUGCGAAGCUGUCAUCAAGGCAAAUUUUAAGAAUCUCAAAUAUAAAAUAUAUUUUGAUUUGUUUAACACUUUUAUGGUUACUACAUGAUUCCAUAUGUGUUAUUUCAUAGUUGUGAUGUCUUCACUAUUAUCCUACAAUGUAGAAAAUAGUAAAAAUACAGAAAAGCCCUUGAAUGAGUAGGUGUUCUAAACCGUUUGACCGGUAGUGUAUAUUUUGGGAGUUUCUCCCAUUAUUUUCUGCGGAUCCUCUCAAGUUCUGUCAGGUUGGAUGGGGAGCGUCGCUGCCCAGCUAUUUUCAGGUCUCUCCAGAGAUGUUCGAUUGGGUUCAAGUCCGGGCUCUGGCUGGGCCACUCAAGGACAUUCAGAGACUUGUCUUGGCUGUGUGAUUAGGGCCGUUGUCCUGUUGGCAGGUGAACCUUUGCACCAAUCUCAGGUCCUGAGUGCUCUGGAGCAGGUUUUCAUCAAGGAUCUCUCUGUACUUUGCUCCAUUCAACUUUCCCUCGAUCUGACUAGUCUCCCAGUCCCUGCCGCUUAAAAACAUCCCCACAGCAUGAUGCUGCCACCAUCAUGCUUCACCGUAGGAACGGUGCCAGGUUUCCUCCAGAUGUGACACUUGGCAUUCAGGCCAAAGAGUUCAAUCUUGGUUUCAUCAGACCAGAUCAUCUUUUUUGUCAUGGUCUGAGAGUCUUUAGGUGCCUUUUGGCAAACUCCAAGCGGGCUGUCAUGUUCCUUUUACUGAGGAGUGGCUUCCGUCUGGCCACUCUACCAUAAAGGCCUGACUGGUGGAGUGCUGCAGAGAUGGUUGUCCUUCUGGAAGGUUCUCCCAUCUCCACAGAGGAAUUCUGGAGCUCUGUCAGUGACCAUCAGAUUCUUGGUCACCUCCCUGACCAAGGCCCUUCUCCCCCGAUUGCUCGAUUUGGCCGGCAGCCAGCUCUAGGAAGAGUCUUGGUGGUUCCAAACUUCUUCCAUUUAAGAAUGAUGAAGGCCACUGUGUUCUUGGGUACCUUCAAUGCUGCAGACAUUUUUUGGUACCCUUCCCAGAUCUGUGCCUCGACACAAUCCUGUCUUGGAGCUCUAUGGACAAUUCCUUCGACCUCAUGGCUUGGUUUUUGCUCUGACAUGCACUGUCAACUGUGGGACCUUAUAUAGACAGGUGUGUGCCUUUCCAAAUAAUGUCCAAUCAAUUGAAUUUACCAUAGGUGGACUCCAAUCAAGUUGUAGAAACAUCUCAAGGAUGAUCAAUGGAAACAGGAUGCACCUGAGCUCAAUUGCAAGUCUCAUAGCAAAGGGUCUGAAUACUUAUGUAAAUUAGGUAUAUCUGUUUUUUAUUUUAAAUAUAUUUGCAGAAUUUCGAAAACCUGUUUUCACUUUGUCAUUAUGGGUUAUUGUGUGUAGAUUGAUGAGGAACAUUUUUAUUUAAUGAAUUUUAGAAUAAGGCUGUAACGUAACAAAAUGUGGAAAAAGGGAAGGGGUCUGAAUACUUUCCGAAUGCACUGUAAAUCCACUAAUAAUUACAUUGUUAGUCUGUGUUUCUUACAUCUGCAAGCAGCUAGUUUGUCUUUUCUUAGCAAGUUGGGCCUAAAUCUUGUUAGCCGCUUGAUGAAAAUGCUUCAAAUUGCUUUUGGUUGAAUUGAACAGUAUAAAACAAUCAGAAUGGAGAAAGACCUUGACCUUGACAUCACUCAGAAUGUAAGUGUUGCCACACUAGGGGUCACGCAGUACUCAUAAAGCACAUUUUGAACUUUUAUUAUUCAAAAACACAAAAUACCAUCAUAUCAUGAUAUUAUAUUUUGGCCCUAUCGCCCAGCCCUACCUGUCUACACACCUGCCUACCUGUCUACCUAGCUGUCUACCUGCCUACCUGUCUACACACCUGCCUACCUGUCUACACACCUGCCUAGCUAUCUACCUGUCUACCUGUCUACCUGCCUACCUGUCUACCCACCUGCCUAGCUGUCUACCUGCCUACCUGUCUACACACUUGCCUAGCUAUCUACCUGUCUACCUGCCUACCUGUCUACACACCUGCCUAGCUGUCUACCUGUCUACCCACCUGCCUACCUGUUUACCCACCUGCCUACCUGUCUACACACCUGCCUACCUGUCUACACACCUGCCUAGCUAUCUACCUGCCUACCUGCCUACCUGUCUACACACCUGCCUACCUGUCUACACACCUGUCUACCUGCCUACCUGUCUACACACCUGUCUACCUGCCUACCUGUCUACACACCUGUCUACCUGUCUACACACCUGCCUAGCUGUCUACACACCUGCCUACCUGCCUACCUGUCUACACACCUGCCUACCUGUCUACACACCUGUCUACCUGCCUACCUGUCUACACACCUGUCUACCUGCCUACCUGUCUACACACCUGUCUACCUGUCUACACACCUGCCUACCUGUCUACACACCUGUCUACCUGUCUACCUGCCUACCUGUCUACACACCUGCCUAGCUGUCUACCUGCCUACCUGUCUACACACCUGCCUACCUGUCUACACACCUGCCUACCUGUCUACAUACCUGUCUACCUGCCUACCUGUCUACACACCUGUCUACCUGUCUACACACCUGCCUAGCUGUCUACCUGUCUACCUGCCUACCUGUCUACACACCUGUCUACCUGUCUACACACCUGUCUACCUGUCUACACACCUGCCUAGCUGUCUACCUGUCUACCCACCUGCCUACCUGUUUACCCACCUGCCUAGCUGUCUACCUGUCUACCUGCCUACCUGUCUACACACCUGUCUACCU